UCUGAAUACAACUUUAUCCCGAGCAACUUUAUCUGGAAAAUCCAUGGAAAUCAUCUAGCAUCCACAAAUGUUUACUUUUGUAAGCUAAGGAACGCAUUCCGAUAACUCAUAGGAAGGAUACCAUAAAUGAAAGAGAUGUAGCCUAACUAGCAAGUGAAGCAAACUCUUACUGAUGACAAAGAAAACAUGCCAUGGCAGAAAAUCCUAAGCGCCGCAGCCUUCGACAAGUUAUCAACCAAUCCAUUGGUUCCAGUGUGAAAGAAAGCCUUAGUGAAGAAGUGCUAGAUGAGAAAAGCUCUGUAGCUGAGGUACCACCGACUUCCACUAACAACACUGCUAGCAAGAGCAGCCGAUCUUCAGGCAGAAGGCGCUCGCUUGAAGGAAACCAGAUCUGCCCUGUGUGCGGGAUUACUGUGAGACCCUCGGAAGUAGAGCAACAUUUCCGCUCUGAGGUGCAGCAGAUAGACAACAUUGUCAGGCGUGGACGGGUCCAGAAGGAUGCAGCAGUUUCUUACACCUUGUCCAAAGAGCAAGAGAGGGAAGAUGGAAAUGGAAGGAAGCGGAUAAUCAAACGCAAGCGUAGGAGGACCAGAAAUGAGAGCGACAGUGAGACGUCAUCAUCCAGUGAUGGUGACAGCGAGGGCAGUGUGGCGGUUGAUCCUCAACUCUUAUUACUAGAUGUAAGGGCUAACAGGCAUGCACGGGAGAGGAAGAAACAAUUGCAUGAAAUUCCAGAGUGCAACCCUGACACUAUGCUCUGUCCUGUAUGCUUUGUUCCUCUAAUAGGAUCAGAAGUGGACAGAAAUCGCCACGUGGAGAACUGCCUAACAGGCUGCCCUUCAACGGCACCUGCUACCAACGGAGCGGCAGAAGAUGCAGUGGAUGUAGACGGUGAAGGGCUGGGCGAGUAUGCAGGAGGAGGAGGAGGAGGCAGUGGGGUGGUAGAGGAGGGAGAAGCAGCUGGUGAUGAUUCAUAUGAUACCUAUGAAUGGAUGGGGGAGACAAGGCUUAGAACUGUCAGCCUGGUGCCAGGGGGUUAUCAAGGUCUAGGAUAUCAGAUUACAUCAUCGCGGAAAUCCCAAGAUGCGAAUGAUGAAGACGACAUUGAUCUUGAUGUUGAUGGUGACGAAACAGAGCAAUUUGGCCCUCAGCAAUAUGCGGAGGAAGAUGUCAUGGCAAGGUGCCCCUCUAGAUCAUCUCAAGACACCGGCGAUGUCGGCUACGAGGACCAUGUCAACGAUAACCUCCUCAUCGAAGCAUGCUUAGGUGCACAGUGCAAUGGUGAAAGCGGGACGGAAACAGAGACUAAACACUCGGUGAAGAAGCAUGUGGGUCUUCCGUCUGCUGGCAUUCAGAUCGUGGUGGAGAGUCUGAAGGCUCGUGUGAAGGAGUUGGAGGAGGAGAGCGGGAACGGGAGAGGGAGGUUAAAAUGUCAGAUCUGUAUGGGUGCCUACAACACGCCCUUAGUUUCCAUCCAGUGCUGGCAUGUUCACUGUGAGGACUGCUGGUUAAAAACUUUGGCCUCCAAGAAACUUUGUCCUCAAUGUCAGCUGAUCACGGCCCCCUCACAGCUCCGCAAAUUAUACUUAUGACCGGAAAUAGUGCUUUUCAGGUGGAGAAGAAAGAGACUUUAUGAGUUCUGGAUUGAAAUAAGAGCAAGAUAAUAGAUUGUUUGAUCUUCAGUAUCACAAUAAGUAGUGACUGUACUGGAGAUGUAUGUGUUUGAGGAAGAGAAUCCCUGCAACCUAUUUUGAGUCUGUAUCCAUCAAUGGUUCACAGAGCUAUGUCUCAUGUCCUGCAACUGUUGAUUUCUGGAAGUCUUUAGGUAAAUUAAAAAUCUUGUUU